AUGUCGGGAGCGGACUCUGAUCCCGAUUUCGAAUUCCUCGAUAGUUCACAUUUACCCUUUGAGACAACCUAUAGUCCAAACAACCUCUUCGAGGAAUUCUCACACGACUCACCCCCUUACUAUUCAGCAUAUGCAACACCAAGUGUUGCGGGCCACAAAAGUCCUGAACAACCAUCGUUCAUUAACACGACGAUACUGCAGGCGCCUUUGUCAGCUCCAUCGACAGCCUCACCGGCUGGCUCGUCCCAAAGCUCUACUUCCGAUUCGAUGGAAUAUAACAGAAAGUCUAGUUCGGAUUCGUCACGAUCUGCUUUGAAUUCAGGGGCCGCAAUGAUUGGGGAUGACGUAGACAUGGGAGAUUGGAAGGGCGACGAUAUGAUCAAAGGGGAGAGCAUUUCGACUUUUGAUGACUACCCUGGAAAUGGAACCAUCAAUCCGUCAGCAAUGAUUAACAAUUUUGGGUUCAAUGACAAGAGCAUGGAAAAUGAUUUCGACUUCGACAGCGCGUCGAGUAGCCCAAGUCCUUUUGCGAUAACAAUGGAUAUGGAAUCACCAGAAAUGCCGACUAUCAAGCAUGAUACCCCGCGCAAGAUAUCACCAAUCGUUAGGAAAAAGUUCAGGAAUCAUAACAAAUCAAAUUCUCAACAUUCCGCAGUACACUCUACAAAUGGAUAUCAUAUGGGUUCACGGGAAACGUCGCCCUUGUCCGCAGCAUCGACAAGUCAAGCGUCGUCCCCUGCACAUAACUUAUUCACCAACUCUCCGUCGCCCAAUGCUGGGCUUGAAUUUAUGUCUGGCGCAAUGCCCAGUGGGGCUCAUGGUCUUCCUCCUUGGACAAAUAGCAUGGAUUUACCUCAUAACAUGAUGAGAACUCAAGUCCAGUUUAAUACCAUGUCAUUCCAAAACACGCCUCAAUACAAGGGCCGCCAGAAUCCGGUUGCAUCAUAUACGAAGCCGAUUUUGACAUUACACCCCACACCAUUGAAGUCGCGCGUUGAGACUCAGAUCCCCAUCAAAAUGACACUUUUCCCUGUUCCCCAAGGUGUUACCAAGCUCCAUCUUCCAACACAAACUAUUUCGAAACCCAAACUUCUCGUCAAACCUCCCCCCGAACGCUCGCCGGACACUUUGGAGCUUUAUACCAUGUUGGUCUGUUCUAGUGCAAUGGAAAAUCCCGAGAUUCUCCGAAAGGCCUUAGAAAGAGCGGCGGCGCCUGAAGAUUCUCCAAGUCACUCGUCGGACAGUGGAUCUGAUGAAGAUGAUGAAAGAAAACCGUUGAACGGGGGCGAAGUCUUGAUAUGUAGUGGCUGCAUUACACGUGAGAGGAAAAGGGCUGCUCGAAAGAAGAUAAAGAAGGUCGAGGAAGAAGAAUCAUGGCAUAAAGACGAGGCCAAGCGAGUCAUCGUAUUCAAUACUCACGAAAUCAAGGACUGGCAAUCGCCCACAAGUCAACCACCAUCGGAAGCCACUGGUGACCGGCCUGAACCUAUCGUACCUGAUGGUGCCAUGCAAGUUGAUGCUCCGAUGCGAAUCGCAUGUUAUUGUCGACAUCAAAAUGAAAAAAUUGGAUUUCGAGUUAUUUUUACUAUCAAGGACUAUCAAGACCGCCUGGUUGCACAAGCUAUCACCUCUUCGAUUAUGAUUACAGAUGAUCACAAGACGCAUAACUUAUUACCCAUUUCUGGGCAGGUGUCUGGUGCGACCGAUGGACAAAUAUAUCCAGGUUCGACUCCGUAUUCGAAUGAAAGAAACUUUGAUAUGGCGUCUGGUCCUGUUCCCGGUAUGCCUCCUUUCCGUGUUUCACCAUCCGCGCCGGAUCUUCAGAGCCUACCACAGAAUUUCAUGCCAUACCCACAGCCAGUGACUUAUCCAGCACCUAAUCCACCUCAAGCAAUUUCUACUGCGAUCCCAACUCGGCAGAUAUCGCCACAAGCAUCGCCUUUGACCCCAUCUGGCGCUCCAUUGUCUAAAAAACGCAAGGCCAGUUCUUCUGGUAAGGUUCCCACUGGUUUAGCAAUGACUAAAUUAGAGACCGGGCAGCUGGGGAUGAGCGUUGGACCACAUGUUUCUACCAACGCCACCACUUCUGCUAUACCAUCACCAUUUACACCAAAUCUUCCAAAUUUCCCACCAAAUGAGCACCCAUUCUGUCAGCCUGUUCCAGUGCAACAAUUUCCGUCGCAUUUCAACACAGGUCCUCCUACUCCGAAUAGCAAUGAUCAAUUAUUUAUCCCGCAUGGCCAUCGACCUCAAUCAACGGACAAUUUGGUCAUGCAUCAACUCUUUUCGGCGCCUCCUUCAGCGCAUCCUAGCCGCGCCCCGAGUCCGAAUGGUAUGCGCAAUAAUGUCCAAAUUUAUCAGCAACAGCAGCAGCAAGCUCAGAUGGCACAAGCUGCGGCCAAUGGAAUAUAUGGCAUGCCCAUGAGUCUGAGCCCACAGCGGCCACCUGUGAUUCAUAAACUGAUACCAAACGAGGGACCGAAGGCUGGAGGAAUAGAAGUUACCUGCUUGGGUAGUGGAUUUUCUCAAGGGUUGGAAGUCAUGUUCGGUGAUGCUAAAGCAACAACGACGACAUUCUGGGGUGAGACGUCUUUAGUAUGUCUUUUGCCCCCGUCUGCCAUUGCCGGUACCGUGUCGGUCACGUUCACACACCAGCAUCAACAAAGGCAGCAAUAUCCAACACCACCAAUGCCAAAACAAACGGCAUUCUUCAAAUAUGUUGAUGACGAUGAACAACAGAUCAUUAGAACAGCUCUAGCCGUAUUAGGUCAUAAGAUGACCGGCAAAAUGGAAGACGUGCGUGAUCUUGCUAGAAGAAUUGUGGAUGGUCCUUGGGGAGCACCAUCAGGCCAAUCUCCGCCGAGCGGAGGUGGAUCCUCACAACAUGGUGGCGGAUUCAAUGCGGCAAGUUUUGGCGUCGAUGUUGAAGCGACACUAUUGAGAUGUCUGGAUCUUAUUGAUCUCGAUGAUAGUCCGACCAAGCCGCGAUUUAACCUACGUAGAACCUCUGGGCAAACAAUGCUUCACCUCGCUUGUUCAAUGGGACUUCACCGCUUCGUCGCUGCUUUAUUGGCACGAAACGUGAAUUGCGAACCACGAGACAAAGGUGGAUUCACGCCUAUGCACUUCGCUGCUCUUCAUAACCACCCACAAAUUGUUCGACGACUCAUCCUCAGUGGUGCCGAUCCAUUGAUUAGAAGUCUCCAAGGAUAUGCUCCUGCAGAUAUGACAGCUUCCGAGGAAGUCCAUCGUGCCAUUCGCAGAGUGGAACAUCAUUCAAGGAGACGAAGUGGUUCUUCAUUGAAAAGUAGAACCAGCAGUGCCACAUCAUUACGAUCAUUAUGGCAACCGCCAAAUGCAGAGAUACCUAAUGAAAGUGGCAUCAGCGAUAGUGACGACGAGGAUAGCAACGAAUAUGAGGACGAGGACGCCGAUGUUGAAACCGAGGCUGACGGUGCAUUCUUGAUGCGGAGUAGGCAAUCUAGGGGGUCAACUGCAGGGAAAAUAUCGAAUGAUGCUAUUGAAGCAACUAAAACCCCUGUUUUGGAACUUCCUGAGGUCGAAGCAGAUGAAGGAUUGGCGUCUCCAACAUUAGCCAUGACCGCAAUCCGAGACCAGAUGUUCGCGCAAUUCACACAAUUCACAGCUCAGAUGCAGCAUCUACAACAAAGCUUCCACAAUGGUAUGCAUCUUGGUCUCCCAACCCUACCUCAGAUGCCUCAAAUGCCUCAAAUGCCUACUCUUGCAAACCUUCCAGGGUACCAAGCUUAUCUACCAAGCCCAAUGGCCCGUCGCAUCGCCAGCCGUCCGGACAGUCCUAACCGUCAAGAGGGCGCCAAGGAACAAGGUAACAAAUGGUGGGAUCUUUUCUCCGGUAACGUAGCUGCUGCACCACCCGCGUACGAAGACAUCUUCCCACAAAAUGAUAUGGAUGUGAAACGAGCUUCCGCAGAACAGGCAGUUGCGGACACCAUCGCAGACAACAAAUGUACUCAAGUCUUCGAUCAAAUGGAAACACAGGUUGAAGCAGCGACAUCUGUAGUCCACGCAGAAAGUUCAACAGCUGCUAUGAUUAGGAGACCAAUGCCUAUGGGCACCCUUAGAAUCGGCGGAAAGGAAGUAGUUACGGUGGAGCAACAGAACCAAAUACAAUUGCUACGUCAAGCGAAAUUGAAGAGGGUUAGGAGUGAUAGGAAACUAUUUCUUAUCUGGAUCCCCUUACUCCUCGUAAUGAUGCUCGCUACAUUCCACACUCGCAUCCCUGCUGUUUGGUCCCGUGCAUCUUAUGUUUUCAACUCUCUCACAGAUCGAAACCAAAAUCAGGGGCGUGUGAUGGAAGUAUCAUAA